AUGUGUAAGCAUCUUGUUUACAGACCCAGUAACGAGCACGAGCUCAGUUUGCCACCAUUGUUUAGAACCUUCCCGAGCCUAGCCCCCUCGGUCGUUGGAGUGGAAGUAUAUUCAUCCGAAACAGGAGGACGGGUUCGUAAAGAGCAUGAACUGGGUAAUGAUUUUAGCCUUCCCGAUAGGUUGCCAGGUGUCUUUUUCAACGGCUGUCUGCAUUAUCUCACCCACAAGCCUUCUAUUGCCGUGGUGGACACCGAGGGGAAUGCUCGCCGAAACAUACCUGUCCCUGUCCCUGGUGAGCAGUGGUUUGGUUUCAUUCAACUGUCCCAAGGACGUUUGCAUUAUGCCAAUUUUGAGGUAGACCAUGAAGACGAGGUGGUUCGACUAGUGGUUUACGUUCUUGGGGACUAUGACAGGCAACAAUGGACAUUGAAGCAUACCGCUGAAGCCUCACAUGUAGUUGGAUCACAUGGUUUAUAUGAACCUGGAUGGGUAAGUUAUAUUAAUCUUGGAGAAAAGUUUGAGUGGGUUGCAAUUCAUCCAGACCUUAACAUGAUCUUUUACACUGUUGAGUGGGAUAAAACAUUGAUGUCCUAUGAUAUGGAUCGUCGGCAAGUCCAAGAGAUCUGCAUUCUUGGAGAGGACACUCGUGAGACAUAUCUUCCGUAUGUGCCAUUGUUCUCAGAAUCGCAAGCUUUGCACACAUGA